AUGGCGGCCAACGUAACAGCUGCGGCAGCAGGUGUGGUGGGGAGGCAGGUGCUGUUCGGCUGGGUGGACUACGUGGCGUUCGCGCUAAUGCCCACUCUCUCCGUGGCCAUAGGCCUCUACUUCGGCAUCUGUGGCCGUGCCAAGAACACUGCCAAGGUGGACUACCUGCACGGCGGAAAGACUAUGAGGGUGCUCCCCGUCGCCAUCUCGCAGAUAUCGAGUCACGUAUCUGGUAGCACGCUGGUGGGUGUACCUUCAGAGAUCUACUUGUACGGCAGUGUAUACACUUGGAUUUGCCUGAGUGUCAUUCUGUUCUCUAUUGUCACCAACUUCGUCUUUCUCCCAGUCUUCUUCGAGCUUCAGCUCACAUCAACUUACGAGUACUUGGAGCGCCGCUUCAGCCGUAUUAUCCGUGUCCUGGCGUCGGGCUUGUUCACGCUCAACAUGGUGCUCCACCUGCCACUCUACCUCUACACGCCAGCCAUCUGUUUCAGCCAAGUAACUGGAGUCAGCGUCCACUGGAUCACGCCUGUUAUCUGCGUGAUGUGCAUUUUAUACACUAUGUUGGGCGGCCUGAAGGCGGUGGUGUGGACGGACUUCCUGCAGAGCGGUGUCACGCUGAUGGCCUUCAUAGCGGUGCUCGUCUUCGGGCUGGUGGGCGCCGGCGGCUUCUCGCAGGUGUGGCAGGCGGCCAGCGACGGCGGGCGCGCCGACUUCUUUGUGAUGACCCCGGACCCAUUCGUCCGCAACUCCUUUUGGACUGUGGUGGUAGGUGCUACAGUUUCCUGGGUAGGAGGAAUCGCUGUCCACCAGGGGAUGGUACAGAAGUUUCUAUCUCUGCCCAACAUGAGAGCUGCUCGGAAGUCUCUGGCGGGGUUCACUUUUGGUAUGAUCCUGAUACACCUUAUAAGCAUAUUCUGCGGAUUUUUGCUGUACGCUGAUUAUCAAGACUGCGACCCAAUUAAGACGAAAGAGAUAUCUCGUCCAGACCAGCUGCUACCUUUCUACGUGAUGAAAGUGGCUGGACACGUGCCAGGAUUGCCAGGGCUCUUCGUCGCUGGAAUAUUUGGAGCCGCUCUUAGUUCCAUGUCUGGAUGCCUUAACGCACUAUCUGGGACCAUCUACGAGGAUUUCCUGCUACCCCUGAUGCCUGGCAGGAAGUCGGAUGUCGUGGUGAACCUUAUA